AUGGUGCAAGCUUGGUAUCAUGAUAAUAAGGAGGGUGAUCAGAAAAAGCCACACCAACCUGAUCGGCCUGAAUUCGUAACGUUAGAAAAGUUGCUAACGUUUGGGGUCCAUUAUUGGAAGAUAGAAUCACAAGACCAGCUGGAUAAGUUAGCCGUGGAAAGAGGCUACAAUUACAACGACGAAGUUACGUGUAACAGAGAAAAACUUCCAAAUUAUGACGUCAUGAUGAAGAAAUUUUUCGAGGAACACGUCCACACGGAUGACGAGACGAGGUUCGUUAUAAACGGGUCCGGAUACUUCGAUGUAAGAGAUCCCACUAAUGAUACAUGGAUAAGAGUGUACGUUGAAACGGGGGAUAUGAUAUCUGUCCCGCCAGGAUUGUAUCACAGGUUCACAACUGAUGAAAAUGAUUACGCACAUUUGAGAAGAUUCUUCCAAGCCAGUCCUGAUUGGACUGCUUACAACAGAGCUGAUGGUCUGCACCCUUCCACUGUUCAGUAUCUCAAAACUUAUGGCAAAGGCAAAUAA